AUGUCGACUCCGAACCCGCGUAGCCGUCGCUCACUACGCAAUUCGGGUUCUGGAAUUAAUACUCCAUCUGGCGAGACAACAUUAACGGGGCUCCAACGACUUCCUAGUCACACGCGCUACCCACUCACACCUAGCCGCCUGGUCACAACUGCGACUCCGUCCGCGCAACGGUCAGCUUCUCGAUUCACUCCCCGGGCGAGGGCAUCAAUUGCGCCGUCAACACCGUAUGGACUUCGCGCACGCCAGCAACGAGCCGCAAUUACUCCAGCCCGAGACCGGCGACGUAGCGGCCGCGUCCAGCGAGAGACCGUGUUCGACGUCUUGCGAAACCUCGGUAAAGCACUUGCCCCUGUUUCCCAGCCGAUUCAGUCCUCCCCGCAGGAAGUGCCCCAGCCCGAGAAAGAACCGCGGCAUGAAAUCGACGAGCUAGAUAAUGAGUCCCCAAUUGAGCGACCACGACUCUCGCUCCCUCUUCAGGAAGAGGAAGGAGGUAGCGACGAGGCUAGUCCAAAUGUGUCCCCGCCGCGAAUGUCUCUACCCUUCGAUGACGAAGAUAUCACAUCCAUAUCGGUGGAAUAUCCCCGGGAAAUAAGUCAUCGAGAUCAUGACCGAUUGUCAAUUAUCGGCCGCAAUAUUGGACGGAUCAGCGAGGAUUUCAGGGUCGCCCAAUUCGAGAAUGAAGAUGACGGUGAUGUUACAGGAUUUAUGGGUGAUGAAAAUGCUGCUGAUGAUACGAUGAUUAGCGGCGGUGCUUUCGAUCGAGGUGGAGAGACAGAGGACCUGGGCCCGUUCAACAUCGACUUUAAUUUUCCCUCUCCGGAUGCAACAGCCCUGGGUGAGCCCAUUGAGGAGCCUAUCGGCGAAAAUGAAGGCUUUGAAUUGUCAGCAGGCGAUAUUCAACCGCUUGAUACCAUGACUUCAUCGGAUGACGAUCAGAAUACUGGGGCUUUCGGGUUUGGACUCAAUUUCCCACCAGCAGGCUCUCCAAGCGAGAGUCCGGGUAUUGUUGGAGGUGGCUUGCGAGACGGAGAUGCUCCUGUGCAGGGCAAGCAAAAGAAGCUUUCGCGACACGGCAUCCCCAUUCCCAACUUGCCCGUAGGUGUAGUCAAGAAGCUAGCCACUCGUUUUGCGCGCACCAGAGCAGGCUCAAAAACGAAAAUCAACAAAGCGACCCUGGCGGCAAUCGAACAGGCAUCCUCAUGGUACUUUGAGCAAGUCAGUCAGGACUUGGCGGCCUAUUCAAAGCAUGCAGGGCGAAAAACAAUUGAUGAAAGUGACGUUACAACGCUGUUGAGAAGACAACGUCAUAUUAAUAGCUCCACAACGGUGUUCUCCCUGGCACAAAAGCAUUUGCCGAAGGAGCUUCAGCAGGACUUGAGACUGGCCAUGCCUCCGUGA